UCUGGGCAACUUUUCCUCUGCACAGGUUUUGAUACAUUUCCCCCUAUGUCCUUUAUCGCUAUUCACUAGUAGCACAGUGCAAUGCCAACUUUCCUCGAAAUGUUGCUCUUCAAACUUAAUAGUAUGCAAAAGUGUUACCCUGUCAUUUGGGGCAGUCAGUUCCACAAAGAUAUCUCACCCUAGUAACAACCCAAAUCUCCAGUUGUUUCUUUCAAUCUGUGACAGCUGCAGGAGCCAUUCCUCCUUCCAAACUGGCCAACCUGAAUUCCAUAUUGUAAGAGCCUGUACCUAUAUUUAGCUGGUAGGCUUAAAUUGCAGAGAGUUUAAGCUGGGAAGAGUUCACAGAUCAGCCCUUUUACUGCUGGACUUGGGAGCUGACAAAAGCUAAGGCCUCUCUGCUUUCUCCCUCAAACCCUUUCCUCUUCAAGCAAAAAACUAUAAGACAAAAAUGGAUCCCACCCGGGAACUAAAAGAAGAACUUCGGCUUUAUCAAUCGACUCUUCUUCAGGAUGGACUGAAAGAACUUCUAGAUGAGAAGAAGUUUGUCGACUGCUUCCUGAAAGCUGGAGACAAAAGUAUACCUUGUCACAGGCUGAUCCUUGCCGCGUGUAGUCCUUAUUUUCGGGAGUUCUUCUUGUCUGAUGAAAGUGAAGAGAAGAAAAAAAAUGUGGAACUGGACAAUGUUGACCCGGCUGUAAUGGAAGCCAUUCUUAAAUAUUUAUACUCUGCUGACAUUGAUCUCAAUGAUGGAAACGUCCAGGAUAUUUUUGCACUGGCCAGUCGCUUCCAGAUCCCAUCUGUCUUCACUGUAUGCGUCACCUACCUGCAGAGGCGCCUAUCACCUACCAAUUGCUUGGCCAUCUUCCGGUUAGGCCUACUUCUGGACUGUCCACGCCUUGCCGUCACCGCACGGGACUAUGUGUGUGAUCGCUUCAGUCAGAUCUGUUCUGAAGAGGACUUUCUGCAGCUGGCUCCACACGAAUUGAUAGCCGUCAUUUCCAGCGACGCGCUAAAUGUCGAAAAAGAAGAAACGGUGUACGAGGCCGUGACGAAAUGGGCCAAGACGGAUAAGGAGAACAAAGUCAAGAGCCUCGGAGAUGUCCUCGACUGCAUUCGCUUUCGUCUUAUGGACGAAAAAUAUUUCAAGGAUCACGUGGAAAAGGCAGAGCUGUUCAAAGGAGAUCCCGAAAUCCAGAAAAAGAUUAAGGUUAUUAAAGAUGCCUUUGGAGGCAAGAUGCCCGAACUGCCCAAAAAUAAGGAGGUAGAUGGUGAUGUUGGGGAUGAAGACUUGCUUCCUGGAUAUCUGAAUGACAUUCCUAGACACGGCAUGUUUGUCAAAGAUCUCAUCAUCAUGGUCAGUGACACGGCCACCGUGGCUUAUGAUGCCACAGAAAAUGAAUGCUACUUGGUGGCCCUGUCUGAGCUGAUUCCAAGAAAUCAUUCCAGUAUAGUCACCAAAUCGAAACAAGUGUACGUGGUCGGAGGGCUGUAUGUGGAUGAAGAAAGUAAGGAUAACCCUUUACAGUCUUAUUUCUUCCAGCUGGACAGCAUUGGUGGGGAAUGGGUUGGACUACCCCCACUACCAUCGGCAAGGUGUCUUUUUGGCCUGGGUGAGGCCGACAAUUGUAUCUAUGCCAUCGCUGGCAAAGACCUGCAGUCCGAGGAGUCACUGGAUACAGUGUUUUCUUAUGAUGUUAAAUUAGUGGCUUGGAAAGAGGCAAAGAAGCUUCCCAUCAAGGUUUAUGGGCAUUCUGUAGUGUCACAUAAUGGACUGAUCUAUUGUCUUGGCGGCAAAACCGAUGACAAGAAAUGUACUGGCAGAUUGUUCGUAUUCAACCCUAAGAAAGGGGACUGGAAAGACCUUCCUCCAAUGAGAACAGCUCGCUCGAUGUUUGGCGUUGCUGUCCAUAACAGCAAGAUCUAUGUCGCUGGUGGUGUCACAGAGGAAGGGCUGACAGCAUCAGUGGAAGCCUAUGAUAUUGCCACAAACAAAUGGGAAACAAUAGCAGAAUUCCCACAAGAAAGAAGCUCCAUCAACUUGGUCACUUCAUCUGGGUCACUGUACGCAAUCGGAGGAUUUGCAAUGGUUCAGCUGGAAUCAAAGGAAUUUGCGCCUUCAGAGGUCACGGAUAUAUGGAAGUUUGAGGAUGACAAGAAGGAAUGGAGCGGAAUGCUGAAGGAAAUCCGAUACGCCUCAGGAGCCACCUGCCUUGACUCGCGCCUUAAUCUUUUUAAGUUAACAAAGUUGUAAGAGUAGAAACUGGUUUAUGAAGAUACCAAUGAUUAAAGUAUUACAAUGUUUUUGUUUGCUACUAAUUGUUGAAAACUAAAGAGAGGUUGUACAUAAAUUUAUAGUUAAAUUAAUAAAGUUUUGGAAAUCAGCUAUUCAUC